AUGUCAUCUCAACGACCUAAAUUGAUAUCGUUGGAUGCAUUUGCCAAGACGGUUGAAGAUGCCCGAAUCAAGACUACCUCAGGUGGUAUAAUUACCUUGAUAUGUAUUUUGGUUGCAUUGUUCUUGAUACGUAGUGAGUACAUUGAUUAUACUACAGUGAUUGCUAGACCCGAGUUGGUAGUUGACCGUGAUAUUAAUAAACAGUUGGAUAUAAAUAUAGACAUUUCGUUCUUGAACCUACCUUGUGAUUUAGUAUCGAUUGAUUUAUUUGAUGAAUCAGGAGAUCUAAAAUUAGAUGUGAUAAAUUCAGGAUUAGAAAAGUUUAGAAUCAUCAAACAGGGCCAUGCUUCAAAUCCAGUGGAAAUCAAAGAUGACCAACCUGUUUUACAACGUGAAGUGCCUUUGGAAGAAAUCGCUGCUGGAUUGCCUGAAGGUCAGACCGAUGGUGAAUGUGGAUCUUGCUAUGGAGCAGUGCCACAAGAUAAAAAGCAAUAUUGUUGUAACAGUUGUGCUGCUGUACGCCGUGCUUAUGCUGAAGCUAAUUGGCAAUUUUAUGAUGGAGAAAAUAUUGCUCAAUGUGAACAAGAAGGGCACGUACAACGUUUGAGACAACGGAUUAACGAUAACGAGGGGUGUCGAGUUAAAGGAACCGCUCAGAUAAAUCGUAUUGCGGGAACGAUGGAUUUCGCCCCUGGCGCAUCCAUGACUCAAGGUGGACGUCAUGUGCAUGAUUUAUCAUUAUACCAAAAGUACAGCGAUAAGUUCAAUUUCGACCACAUUAUUAACCAUUUGUCAUUUGGUAACAAUCCACCAGCCACCCAAUUAGCUGACACUGGAUCCAUAACUCCAUUAGAUGGACACAAAUUCCUUCAACAUAAGAAAUUCCAUCUGAUCAAUUAUUUCCUCAAGAUUGUCGCUACUCGUUUUGAAAGUUUGGAUGGUACAAAUAAAUUCGAUACCAAUCAAUUUUCAGUAAUUACUCAUGAUCGUCCCUUGGCUGGAGGUAAAGAUGAGGAUCAUCAACAUACUUUACAUGCACGAGGUGGAGUUCCUGGAGUAGCAUUCAACUUUGAUAUAUCCCCACUUAAGAUCAUCAAUCGCGAGGAGUAUGCAAAGACGAGACUGGGGUUCAUUUUGGGUGUGGUGAGUUCAAUUGCUGGGGUGUUGAUGGUGGGGUCAUUAAUGGACCGUAGUGUUUUUGCUGCUCAACAAGCAAUGAAAGGCAAAAAGGAUUUAUAG